AUGAGUCAGUCAGGGACACUACAUGUAGACUCUGUGUUAUUCUUCUCUCUCUUCCCCUUCCCCCAACUCAUGCCAUCAGAUCUUUGAGGAUCAGAUAGGGUCCCACUGAUAACACAACCAAGGCAACUAGAAGGAAUACCUAAGAGGGAAGAAUUAACAUGCCUAUCAGUCAUUGCGUGUCAUACCUCCUCCAGGGAGAAGGCUGGCACAAGGUUUGGGGUUAUCCAACAAUUUAUUUAUUACCAAAUCAGCAUCACUAUUGUAUAGGAUGAAUGUUGAAAGCCUCAGAUUAUUCUGAAGUUUGAAGGCAGAACAGAGAUAAUUGGUUCAACAAAUCUUAUAAUUCUGCUAGAGGAUGAAAUCUUUGCCGAUUUUUUCAACACAUUUCUUUCUCUCCCGCUUUCUUUUUCAGGUCUUUGGCCAGACACCAUUUUACACUGUUGAAAAUUCUCAGUGGAGCUUGUGGCCAGAAAUACCCCAUGACUUGAUUGCAAAGUACAAAGGAUUAUUGACCUGGUUGGAAAAAUAUCGAUUACCUUUCUUCUGUAAAGCCAAUUUAUGUUUCCAUUACAUUCUCUGUCAGGAGUUCAUCAGUUUCAUUAAGUCCCCAGAAGGAGCCAAGAUGAUGCGAUGGCAAAACGCAGACCAAUGGCUACUCCAGAAAUGCAUUGGCGGGGUCAGAGGGAUGUGGCGCUUCUAUACCUACCUCAAGGGCAGUGCAGGUGAAGAACUGGUGGAUUUCUGGAUUCUUGUUGAGAAGAUCCUGAGCAUAGAUGAGAUGGACCUGGAAGUGAGAGACCACUACCUUUCCCUCCUCUUUGUGCUGAAGGCCACCCAUCUUCAGGAGAGCUCACAGGUGCUGACUCUCUGCAACAUGAACAUCAAGGCCCUCCUGAACCUGUCCAUCUGGCAUCCCAACCAAUCAACCACCAGGAGGGAGAUCCUGAGCCACAUGCAAAAAGUGGCCCUGUUCAAACUCCAGAGCUAUUGGCUCCCCAACUUUUACACCCACGCCAAGACAGUCAUGGCCAAGGAGGAAUCAUGCCAGGCUCUGAUGCAGGAAUACGAGACUCGCCUGUACAGUAUCUGCUAUACCCAUGAAGGAGGGCUCCCUCUGAAUAUGAACAUCAAGAAGGCCCACCAACCCCAGAAGCAGUACUCAAGCAGGAAGAUCAAGAGGAAGAUGUGGCACUUGAUACACUGUGGCUCUUGGUCUCUGGAAAUGGAUACCAAUCCAGAUACCAAUAUACUGUCCCCCCAGGAACUGGGUGCUCAAGACAAGGUGGUUAUACAAAAGCCUUUCCUAAAAGAGGCCUCUUCAAAGGACAGAAUCAUUAGUUCCCUGGAAAAGGAUGUUCUCUAUGCCAGGAAGUCCAAUGUGAAGAAGAAGGCCAAGAGCCACCUCCACAUGGAGGGCAUCUUUGAGACAGCGUUCUCAACCCACCUGAGGACUGUCACCCCCAUCAUCAAUUACUCCUCCCAUGUGACCAUCAAGAAGGCUGUGAAGCAGAACCUCUCCUUGGGGUACAUCCACUGGGCCCUGUGUGCAGACGCCUGUGCAGGGAGUCCCUUCCGGGAUCACCUGAAGAAGCUAAAUUUGAAAGUGGAGACCCAACUCUUGGACCUCUGGCAGGACCUGCACCAUUUCCUCAGUGUCCUGAUGAGUAACAGGAAGACUGGGAAAGCCAUCUUUCGGCACAUGCUGGGCAACAGGAUCUGUGAGCUCUACCUGAAUGAGCAGAUUGGUCCAUGCCUGCCACUCAAAUCCCAAACCAUUGAAGGCCUGAAGGAGAUGCUGCCUUGUGGGGAUGUGAACCCCUGGAUUCCCAGAACCCAGAAGGAGAUCUGCAAGCUCCUCAGCCCCUGGUAUACUGAGUUCCUGGAUGAAGAGGACUACUGGUUUCUCGUUUUUACAACUCAGAGCAGGCUCAUCAGCACCAGGUGGCAUAAAAAAGAAUCUAUAAGCAAAGAAGAGAUCAUUCUUCUUUACAAGAGAUUUGAGGCAUCACUGGAGUUAAGCCAGGGUUUGGCUAACAUGGAAGAAAUGGAAUCUAUGCAAUGGCAAAAGGUAGCUACUGAGAACCUGAAGCAAGGUGGGUCCCUCCAGGUAGAAAGGAAGUCUCCAGUGUUUCUGGCAGACAUAGAGAAAAUGGCCUUUGAGGAACUCUGUUAUAAGUAUCCAAAGGUGGCCAUAGAGAAGAUCAGUGAUGACUACAAAAUAUAUUGUGAAAAAGUACCUCAUAUAGAUUUUACUGUAGAAAUUGUCCGAGAACCAAAGAUGAUUUUACCCUCAAAAAGGAGAAUGUCAUUCUUUAAAAGGGCUAAUGUGAGGAAGCCUUCAAUGAGACCCAGAAACUUGACAGAAGUCCUCCUUAACACACAGCAUUUGGAGUUCUUCAGGGAGUUCCUCAGAGAACGGGGGGCUGAAACCCCAUUGCAGUUCCUGGUAGCCAUACAGAAGAUCAGUGUUGAGACAAAUGAAAAGAUUUAUAAGUCUCUCUUUGAAAACAUAAUCAAUACUUUCUUCCACGGCAAAAACUCUCCUGAACAAAUGCUGCAGUGUAAUGCCCCUAUUAUCAAGGAAGUCUCUCUCAUGCAUCAUGUCAGCACAACAACGUUGUUAAUGCUCCAGGGCUAUGUCAUGAAAUCUCUGGAAGAAAAGUGGUUUAAAGAUUACCAAGAAUUGUUUCCACCUCUUCCUUUGGAGAAGGAAGUUGAAAUACCACUAGCUUCACCCAAGAAGCCCUCAAAGACAGCAGUUUACCUGCAGGAAUCCCAGAAGAGAGGUUGGCUGAAGAUGAUCAGCUUUAUCAGGAGCUUUUGUAAUUACCGCAAAUUUAUGUCUCAUCCCCAUAAGCGCCAGGAACUUGAAGACUAUCUUCACCAGGAAGUAUACAACAAGGAAAAUUUCUCCACAGCCCCACACAUAUCAGGACGCCCAAUACCACAUCCCAGUGCCCGGAGCAUAGAUCUAGAAAAUGAAGACAUAGUCCUUAUAAAGCGCCGGGUAUUUGGUCACAGGAUUAUCAUCAUCAACUAUGCCAUCAAUGAUUUCUAUUUCUUUUCUGAAAUGGAAAAAUUUAAUGAUUUGGUGAGUUCAGCUCGUGUGCUACAAGUCAACCGGGCAUACAACGAAAAUGAUGUGGCCCUAAUGAAGUCCAAAAUUAGUAUCAUCCUAAAGCUGUACCUGCAUGCAGAUGUCCCUCCAAGGCUGAGAGUGAACAUCUCUGAUGCCCAGAAGGACACAAUCCUUGCUGCCAUUUCAGACGGCCACCUGGAUCGGAGCAUCUUCCACGGGGCUAUCAUGUCUCUCUUCCCCAUCAUUAUGUACUUCUGGAAAAGGUUUUGUGCCUGGAAGGCAAUCCACUCUUACUUCCAGUACAUGGGAAAGAAGUUCAAGGACAGAGUAAUUUCUCCCAAACAUGUGUGCAAGUACACUCCUUGGAGUGGAGGAGACCAAGCCAUCCUAAGGUUCACCUUGUGCAGAGGUAUUGAGUGGUUGCAGCCUCAACCUCGGGAUGCGCCAGGAAGUCCAAUCCAAAACUCUUCAUCUAGCAUCUUUACUCAGUCAAGACAUGCGAUCUCUGCCAUCCAGCUGUGUCCUGUCCCAGGGCCAAAAUUACCCAGCACCAAAAAGGAGAAGAAGUAAUCAGUAAUCAAGUCAGAACCCCAACAGAGGCACACAAUCUCUCAGAAGCCUCCUCCCACUGACAGAACCUUUUCUGGUCAGAAAUGAAAUGCCCUGACGCCAUCUGCCCCCUGAAAGAUCAGUGCAGGAGCGGCCCGGACGUGGCGGGACCAGACUGCAGUGGCUAAGAUGGGAGUGGAGAGCACGGACAGAAGCACCUCUGCCCCCCACCCCAUCCCGUCCUGGAGUCAGAGACAGUCUUUCCGUGGUGGCUGUGCAACAGAACACCUACCCUCGGGGUCUGGACACCUGUUGCACUCUGCAGCUGCAUGGCCUUGAGCAAAUCCUUGAUGCAAGGUGGUUGAAGAAUCCCAGGAGACCUAUGUGCAGAUGGCAUUAAACACUCUAGGAAGCAAGGUACUGUUUUAUCAGAUCAGAUCUUUUGUUGCUAGGAUCCUCCCGUUCGGACAAUGGCUCACACCCCUGUUGUCUCAGCAGAUCCUCACAACCCUGUGAGUGACCAUGUCUGAGAUCAUUUAUUUUUAAAUAGAUGAAGAACUGGCACACAGAGAAGGUUAAUGAAUUUCUCAAGAUCACUAAGUAGUAAGUGGCAGAGCCUGGACCAGAACACACCACUUCCAAUUCUCUGGCCAGUUAUUGCAUGGUGACCAUCUGCCCAACUUUCCACACCAAAGGAAGAUUCCUUCCCUGGAAUUCUGUCCAUUUGCCAAAUUAAUCAAUAAAGAGACUCAGGGAAAUGUCUAGCCUAUAAGCCAAAUUACUGUCAUCAGAGUGGCCAGGCCCAUUUUCUGUCCUUUGAAGACAAUUGGGAGCAAAAUGGGUCAGAAUAUCCUAAAUAAGCCCUCCACGUGGCUCAUUGAUUCCAUGGGUUGCAGGACAAUGAAAAACUAGAAAGCUUAUUGGAAGAAUCUGGUCUAAUUUCCAGACAAAGUAUCCUGCUAUGCUGAUGACCUUUAUUCCCUAGACUUUUCUCAAGAUGAUAAGUGUUGAGAUGUGAGGACAGCAGGGCUCAUGCCCACCCAGGACUGUAGAAUCAUCUGGGUGGGGCUGUGACUAUGACAGGUCCAGGAAUACUGUAGGCAAAUAUGACUAGGGCAGGUCUGGAUACAGGCAAAGAGUGGGGAGCCUCUUGGGCACUGGAACAAAGUUCAGCAGAGCAAGCAUUCCACACAAGGGCACCCAGAGGAAGGGAGGAAGGCCUCCUCCCCCAACAGGGCCAGGGCUCCGGAAAAGGACGUCAGUUAACAGAAGCAGCAGAGGGCAUGAGACAGAGUUCCAGUUCCCAAAACUCAGGCAAGAAACUAAGGCAAGAUGCCAGGAAAAGGAUGGAGAAGAGCCCUGUUACUGGAACUGAGGUGCCAGGAGUGAACUUGAUCCAAAAGGACAGGAAUCAGAACGUGGAACCAGAGGAGAUGUCAGGCCAGCAACAAGGUGACGGAUGAGGAUCUAAUAAAGCACCUACUCAGGGCCAUUGCCUGCCUACCCUUGCAGUGGUCUGAGGCAAGGCUGGACCCAUAGGCUGGCAGUAAGUGGGUCCCACUGAAGGAAAAGAAAGGUUGUUCAGUGGGCUCAUCAAAACUGUGAUCUUUACUUGUU